AUGGAGGAAAUGGGCAUAACCGAGGAGCAGCCAACUUGUGCCUUCUGCCACUGCCCAUUCCCUGACUCUGACGCACUGCCCUGUGGCCAUUACCUUUGCUCCAACUGUAUCGAGGAUUCCCAGGCCAAGGGGAAAGCUGUGGGCAGACUGGACUGCCCGGUGUGUGCCAAUCCGUCGGUCUCGGAGCCCAGGCCGGACGUGGCAAGCCAGCCUGAGGAAGCAGCUGCCUCUGCCCUCACGGCCAAGCUCCCCUUACCUGGAGGGGAACUUCAGGUGGUGAGCGUAGGUGAGCCUGCGGCCAGACUUCCCAGCGAUCCGAUAGAGAGACAGUGCCGUGAACACAAGGAGCCUCUGGAGUUUUACUGUGAAGACGAUGGAGAGUGUGUGUGUGGGCCGUGUACAAUAACAGGCAAACACAAAACCCACUCCCUGCUCAGCUUGGAAAAGGCAGCGGCCGAGAUUAAGGGAAAACUACUAAGCAGCGUGAGGAGUAUUCUGCAAACUCAACAAAGUUAUCAUUUCAAAUACCAGGAUCUCCAAAAAUCAGAAGAUGAAUUGAAGAUGCAGAUCAAUCGGCUGCAAGGAAACAUAUCAAAGAAGUUCUCCGAGUGGAGGAAGAACCUGGAGGAGGAUGAAGAGAAUGUGCUGAAAAUGAUUGACGAGGAAGGAAUCCGACUGACGGCUCAGAGCAGCUACUGUUCUAAAACAUUAAAUGAGAAGAUGGAUUUGAUCAAAUUGAUAGAUGAUGAGGCCCAGAGUCUGACACAAGGCGAUCGUCUGUCAUUUUUCCAGAAAUCUAAACAGCUCCUUUCAAAGGCAAGAGAGCUUCAGAACCAAAAACCACUAAUCAAUCAGAGGGAUAUGUUGAACAUCCGUUCUAUAUCUGAACAAGUCAAGGUGCUGAUCGAUAAAUCGAUGGCAUAUUACUCGAUCAUACUGAACAUGAUAGGUGAAUGGGCACGGCUCACCCUGGAUACCAAAACCGCCUACUGGUUCUUGACCGUCUCUGAGGACGCCCGCUCCCUGACGUUCGGAUACGACCUACAGCCUUACCCGUCCAAUCCGGAGCGGUUCAGGACCCACCGUCAGAUUCUCUGCUGCCAGAGCUUCACCUCGGGUUAUCACUCCUGGGUGGUGCAGGCUGAAGGCAUUGCCUGGGGCAUAGGGAUCGCCUACGGGAGUAUAGCGAGGGAGGGAGAGAGCUCAGAUCUGACCAACUCCAACAAAGCUUGGUGCAUUCACCUGAAUCAUGGCACCCUCACAGCCAGUCACAACGGGCUACACACUGAUAUCAUCAAGGAGCCAUUGCACAACAGGUUCCAGGUUGAGCUAGACUAUGAGUCAGGCUGUGUGUCGUUUUACCAGGUGGGGGACACUCCCCAGCACUUAUACACAUUUCGGACCAUUUUUAGGGAGCCUGUAUUUCCCGCAUUCUCUUGUUUCUACAUUUCCUCCAUAAAACUGUGUUAAACACGAUGUUAGAGAGGAUUUUACAGCACAGUCUCAGGCCAAUCAGCCCAUCCAGCUCGUGCUGUUUAAUCCCUUCAUGAGACCUGUCCCACCUCAUUAUUUCCCAUCCCCUUUCACUGAAGUUAUCUAGUUUCCCCUGAAACGCAUCCAUGCCAUUCACCUCUUUGCCGCUCUCAAAAGAAACAAGCUUUCCCCUGAACUCACUACAGGAUUUAAUUAUUCGCUAUUUCACUCACAUUAACAGGUAGUGACAGUUGGAAACAUUCAGUGAGGCACAUCAGCCAGCGGUCACAAUCACAAGUGAAAGCAUUUUCUUUACAUCAAUCUUAUUAAUGUUUCCUUUCCUUAAUGUUAAGAAUAUUGUUUUUCUUAAAAAAAAAUCCAUUCUUGGGAAGUGAGUAUUUGUUGACCUUGCCUAAUUGAGCAGGCCAUGAUGAUGAACCGCCUUCUUCACCCUCUGCAGUUGAUACUCCAUUUUGUUGUCAUUUUAUACAGACCUGGGCCAUUUAAGAGGGAGGUAGAGUUAAGACUCAAAAACGUUGCUUUGCGUCUGGGAUCACAUUUAGGCCAGACAGGGUAAGGAUGGCAGAGAUAUACGGACAGAGCCUUUGGGAAGUUAUUUGCCCGACUUGACCAUAGGGGGCUAUUUGUUUAUGGGGCUAGGUUAAAGCCACGGUUUACCCACUUUUGGAUGAACUUAGAGUGAAGAUCACGAAUGCAGUUCAAAUUAUUCCGCAGCAAAUGGAGGUUGUUUUCAACAAGGCGUAUAAAUAGAUUCAACAAUGUAUUGUAAAACAUAGUGGUCAUGUUGAAGCCUAGAUAUUUGACCUAUAAUGCAUUGAAACCUUUUGAAUCACACUCACAUAUGCUAUUUACAGUUCACCACUAUUGUGUGUACAUCCAA